ACGCUUCCAGAUUCUUCCGUGUGACGUCACUUUCCCGCGACCGGCGGAGUCACCAAAACAAGCGUGUGGCGCCGCCAGCGACAGGUUUUGAACAAUAAGUGGAAAAAGGACGAGUUACGUGUGAUGUUAAAAUGCCGGUUUGUUGGCUCGUUAGCGAAGAGAGGCGUCACAAACCCAUUCAGCUGCCCCACCUGCAGACUGUCGUCCUGGGUCGAGGUCCACAAACCACCAUUAAAGACAAGAAGUGCUCCCGACAGCAAGUUGAAUUGAAAGCAGAAUGCAACAAAGGUUAUGUCAAAGUUAAACAGCUGGGUGGGAAUCCCACCUCCGUAGACUCUGUAGUGGUGGGUGCAGACAAUGAGGUCAAAAUGAAGCCGGGGCAGCAGCUUCAUAUCGUCAAUAAGCUCUAUCCGUACACUGUACAGUUCAAGGAGGAUAUCACUGGUAACCACAGUGGCACCAAAAGACCUCGGGAGUCGGCUCCAGAGGACAAAGAGAGCCAGAGAGAGGCUCAGAAAAUGAAAGCAGCCAAAGAGACAGAGAAGGUCUCUGUGUCAGUCAGUCCUGGAGAAGCUACAAAAACCAGUGAAAGUGUUGGUCAUUGGAGCCAAGGUCUGAAGACGUCGAUGCAAGACCCAAAGAUGCAGAUAUACAAAGAUGAUAAAGUAGUCGUAAUCAAAGAUAAAUACCCCAAAGCUCGCUACCACUGGCUGGUCCUCCCAUGGCAGGCCAUCCCCAGUCUGAAGGCGCUGCGUGACGAGCACUGUGACCUGGUGAAACACAUGCAGCAGGUUGCUGACCGGAUGGUUCAGCAGUGCCCUGAUUCUAGCUCACUAAGUUUCCGCACAGGGUACCAUGUCAUCCCGAGUAUGAGUCAUGUUCAUCUCCAUGUUAUUAGCCAGGACUUUGACUCUCCUUGUUUAAAGAACAAAAAACACUGGAACUCUUUCACCACUGACUACUUCAUUGAGUCUCAAGAUGUCGUUCAGAUGCUUGAAACCAAUGGAAGAGUCACAGUGAAAGAAGGCAGCAGUGAGUUGUUGAAACUUCCUCUCCGAUGUCACGUGUGUCGCAAAGAGCUCCCCACUAUACCAGCUCUGAAGGAGCACCUGAAGUCUCACUUUCCCAGAUAACAGUGUUUCCACAAAGAGGACACAGUCACUCACAUGUUCAAGGUUCAAAACUUGACUUUUGCUGGUUAAUUAUGAGUUCUAGUUUUGUAAAACAUGCUUUGUUGAAUAUUGUUUAUAAUAUUUGUGACUGUAACACAAUGUUUAUGAUCAUGUCUUUAUUUCAGUUUAUCGUUUGUUAAUGCAGAUGCAUGUCAUUCAUGCUGGAUGUCUUUAGACACGUUCUGUUCUUCCUUAACUUUCAAACAUGUAAAUAUGUAUUAUUAAAUGUUUUGUAAGAACAAAAUCUUAAUAUUUCUUUUGUUAAAAAUUGAAGACAGUUGUGUUCUGAUCAAUUUCAGUACAGAUUUGAGAAAGAAAAUAAAAGGUUGGACUUA